AUGUCAAGAAAUAAUUCAAGAAAUUCUUUUAUACCUUCUAAUCGAGGGGAGUUCGAAUACAAUCUUACCAAUGAAAACAAUCUUUCCUCAACAAAUAAAAUACGUGAUUCAGUUUCAUCUUCGUCCGAAAUAUCUAAUAUAUAUAGUAUUCAAACAAAUUCACCUACUACACCUACUUCACCUAAUAGUCUUAGUCCAAGUUCUCUAAGAAGCUCCAAACAAAAUUUUUUCUCUUUAUUUAAAAAGAAGGAUAACACUACUGUUAAUAAUGGUUCUACAAAUCGACUUUCUGCACCACCUCAACAACAAGUGGUUCCUGCACUUAAUCAUUAUGAAAAUAAUUAUCACGUAUCACAAUCACCAAUUGGUAGUAUUAGUGUACCUGAUUUUACUGCAUUAAAUACUAACACUAAUGAAUUGGAUGAAGAAGAAUGUUGCGAUACAGAUACAAUUAUGAAGGAACAAGCCAGCAGUAGUGGUAACAGCAGUAACGGAGGAUCCAUUAAUAAUAUUCAUGAUGGAACAAAUGGAAACAAUAUUACUAUGAAAAACACUAUGAGAAAAACUUCAACUUUUUUCAAAAAAUUCGGUAACAAGCAAAAUCCCGAUAAUAAUAAUAAUUCAUCUACACACAUUAGUCGUUCUCCUCUUCCCGAAUUUCAUGAUUCUCAAAAUUUAUCUCCUCCUUCCAUUUCCACUUCCACCUCCAAUAAUCCAUUGUCAUCACCAACUUCUUCUUCCCCAAAUAAUACUCCUAAUGAUCUUUCCAUCCCUGCACAAUUCUUAGUUUCUACGUCUUUCCAUGAUAAAUUUUCAGAUGAUAUUUUUACAGAAAAUAAUAAUGAUUCUGAUGACGGAUUAUAUAAGUUAAAUACGAAUAAAAGUGUUCCGGAUAAUAUUGGAAGAAAUCGGAGUUUACAGUCGUCCAAAAAUAGUUUAUUAUCCACUGGUUUAACACGUGUUAAGGAGGAAGAUGAAGAUAAUAAUUCGGUUAAUUCAAAAUCUAGAAAAUCAACUAUAAAUAAAAAUAUAAGUAAUAAAAGUGUGAAUAUGUCAUCUGAUGAUUACGCUCAAUUUGCUGAUUAUCCAAUAAGCUUUUUGAAAACUCCUCCCGCAAGUCCUUCAUUUGUAAAAGGAUCUUUAAGUAGAAGUGAUAGUAAACCUUCACUUCAUAACAGUAAAUCUACUACAUCCUUAUCUACACCUAGAUCAUCAUUAUUACCUGAAGAAACCAAUGCAACCCCCAAACGAAAACCACUCUUGAGCAAAAGUAGUUCUCACGGUUCUUUCAAAGGAAGAAAAGAAGAAAGAGAAGAAAUCUUUGAUAGGCGAACAUUGAGAGUAAAUGUAGAACAACGAGGUUUAUUUAUUAAACCCACAAGACCGGAAAGCACAGAAACAGGUACGGGCUCUGGCCUUAGUCCAUCAACGAUUCCCAAGAGACCGGAUAAAAAAUUACCGGAUGUUCCUAAAACCUUAUCAACUUCUGAGGCUGAUGUGUCAAAAUCUCGUUCUCGUUCACCACAUAUGCGGCAAGCUUCCAGCAUUGCUAGUUCUUAUUAUGAAACUGCUAGCGGAUCGACUACGACUCUACAUACUGCUCCACCUUCUCCCAUCAUCGAUACCUUCAUAGAAUCCAACAGUAAUCAUAACCUACCCGAAGGAACGCCCAAGAUACAGGUUGAUGAGGUCUUUUCUUCAGAAAGUCCAAUAGAAGACAAUAACGCGACUGACUUACUAUCUCCAUCGAGUAUCUCUGAGAAAAUGGAUGACGAUGAUUUAGCUUACUUGGAAGCGAAGAAUGCGGCACGAAGGUGCUUUGAAGAAGACGAAACGUUUAUAAAUAAGAAGACUAUCGCAGAAUUCUUGGGCGGAACCAAGCCAUUAAAUUCUCGAGCUUUAAAAUUCUAUGUGGACAAUUUCGAUUUUACAAAUUUAAGAUUAGAUAUGGCAUUUAGACGCCUUUGCGGUAAAUUAUUUUUAAAAGCCGAAACACAACAAGUGGAUCGUAUUUUGGAAGCAUUUUCUAUACGAUAUUGGGAAUGUAAUCCUAAAUGCGUUUUCGGCAGUGCAGUUGCAUAUUCUAUUCUUUUAUUAAAUACCGAUCUUCAUGUCGCGCAAGUAUCCAACAAGAUGUCUCGAGCUCAAUUUGUACGGAAUACCAUGUCAGCUGUUCACACACAGAUUACAAGUAUUACAAUCCAAAACAACAAUAACAAUGAUGCGUAUGAAGAUGAUCAAAGUACAAUAACAUCCUUGGAAACAAAUACUACCAUCGGAGCAUCAACUACAGCUCGUCCACGUCGUAGCAGUAGUAUUAAGAGCUGGCGUAGUAAUUCUAAUUUAAGCAUGGCUAAUUUAUCAUUUUGGUCACGACAAUGGGAAACAGAAUUAGAGAAUCUUUUGAAAGAAAUAUAUAAUUCUAUAAAAGCAAAUCAAAUAUUACAACCAUUUUCAGUUGAACAAGAUAAAUCGGAUACAUCUAAUAAUUUAAAUAACAAUAAUAACCUUGCACCAGGAUUACAUCGAAGUCUUAGUCAUUUAGGUUAUCAGAACGCUAGGCUUAACACUCUCAAAAAAGGAAUUGCUGCUGCAAAUGCAAAAGCUCGAAAAAAUCAAAAUGGAAGAAUUUCUCCUAGUCCAAGUUUCACAAGUGGCGGAAGUGAUACUAGUGCUGGGAAUGAUAAUCAAGGAAGAUCCGGAAGUUUUCAGACUCUUCAGACAUUAUCUUCAUUCUCUUUACGCCAUGCGUCUUCAUGCGAGACAGCCGUUACCUCUACAAUAUUGUACCUAUCUGGUGCUCCAUAUGCUAAAGAAGGAUUGUUGUUUCGAAAACAUUUUUGGGAAACAACAAAUAAAAGAGCAAAGGAUAAAGGAUGGAAAGAAAGCUUUGUAGUUGUUGAGAAGGGUGAAAUACGGAUGUUUAAAUUUGAAUCACAUUCUUCGCAUAGUUCAUCUGGAAUGGGAGGAGCAAUGGGAGGAGGAAAUUGGAUGUCAAAUGCAACACUCUUGGGUGAAGUCAAUUUGCGUCAUACAAUUACCAAUGCGUUACCACCACCUGGUUAUAAUCGAAGUCGUCCUAAUGUAUUUGCUCUCUCGAUGUCUAAUGGUGGACUUUAUUUUUUCCAAGCUGGUACUUCUGAACUAGUAGAUGAAUGGGUUUCUACUUGUAAUUAUUGGGCAGCCCGAAUGAGCAAAGAACCAUUAUCGGGAGGUGUUUGUAAUAUGGAAUACGGUUGGGGAAGAUGUUUGGAAGUACUUAAUGAUUCCAAUGGGGAUUUAGAAGAUGUUAGAAGUGUGAGAAGUGAUCCUCGUAGUAUUUCAAGUAGCAAUUCAUUUUAUUCUAGUGAUCGUAUUGUCAUAGCCGAAUGGAAAACACCUAUACCGCCUUCAGUUUCAAGUAAUCAUGAUGAGGACGCACAACUUGCGGCAUUGAAAAAAUAUAAAAUUGAUUUAGAAAGUGAAUUAGAAGAACAUAAAAAUUAUUGGGAGCCCAUGUCAAGAUUGUUCCCUUUACGUUCCCAUAAUCACACAAAGGCAUUCGCCAAUUGGGAAAAGAAAUCCCAAUGGUUAUUAUAUGAAAUUGUCAAAUACACCACAUAUAUAGAAUGCAUUGAAAAUUCAAUAAAAUUACGUGCAAAAAGGAAAAUGGAAAAGAAUAAAUCUAAAGAGACCAAAGAGACCGAGAUUGAUGAAAAGGAAAACAAUAAAUCUGAAAAAAGGGAAAAUAUGGAUAAAGACCAAGACAGUGAAGAAGAAAAAGAACAAAAACGUGAAGAACAGAGAGCACGUGCAAGAUUAUCAUUAAAAUUAAUUCAAAGAUCUACAUGGACACCAGGAGAUGGUUGUAGUCUUAAUUUGCCUAAAGAAUUAUUAUUUGAUGAUGAGGAUGGUAAUGGUGGCGAAGAAAAUCGGAAUAGUCUCAUUGGACUUGAAGCAGCAUUUACAGCAGCAAAAAACAGAGCAAAUAAAAGCAAAUCAGCUACUUAUCCACCUGCUUCCAAAGUUAAUGAAGAUGACCCAAUAAUUAAUAAUUUAGAAGAAAAAUGGGUGUAA